AAGCUGUUCUGUGUCCUGGGCCCCAUGACCUCUGGGGCCAGGGCUUCCCCAGCUGGCAAAGGAUUGGGCCUUCCCUGCAUCCCCCCUUUUUCCCUCCCACCCUGCAGGCCCAUCCAUCUCUCUCUCUCUCUUGCACACACUUGUCUCUCUCAGGCAUUUGUUGUGCAGUUCCUCUUUGUCUGCUGGGCACAAGGGCAAUGGCAUCUGCCUCCCCCUCCCUGUGCACAACCCUACUCCCACCCCUUCACUUGCUUAGGAAAGGGAUGCUGUAGCCUAGCACCCCCCAAUCCACACAUAUAUAUUCUCUCCAGCCCCCUCCCCAAGCAUAUCCAAGCUUGCUCACGCUCCCGCGCUCACGCUCUUUCACACACACUCACACACACACACACACACACUCUCUCUCUCUCUCUCACACACACACAUACACCCUGGGCUGAGCUCUUCUUGCUGGCUGCAGCCGUGGGCCCCUGCUCACCGUGCCGCUGCCGCUGCCUGCGAAAUGACGGCGGUUCCCCUCACUUCCAGGAAUCCACGCUUCCUGGAAGGUGAGUGGCUGGGCUCACCCCUGCCUGCCACCGAGACGCAGACAUGCACACACCACCCGCACUCCCUCGCCGUUUCCAAGGCGGCGGCCGCGCUCGCACCCCAGGGUCUCACCGGCAAGGGAAGGAUAAUCUGGAGAGGGAUCCCUCAGGAGGGUGUGUUCCGGAUUUCUUGCCUCAGGCCCAAGACUCCAACCAUUUUAUAAUGGAAUCUUUAUUUUGUGAAAGUAGCGGGGACUCAUCUCUGGAGAAGGAGUUUCUUGGGGCCCCAGUGGGGCCCUCAGUGAGCACCCCCAACAGCCAGCACUCUUCUCCUAGUCGCUCACUCAGUGCCAACUCCAUCAAGGUGGAGAUGUACAGCGAUGAGGAGUCGAGCAGACUGCUGGGGCCAGAUGAGCGGCUCCUGGAGAAGGAUGACAGUGUGAUUGUGGAAGAUUCAUUGUCUGAGCCCCUGGGCUACUGUGAUGGGAGUGGCCCAGAGCCUCACUCCCCUGGUGGCAUCCGGCUGCCCAAUGGCAAGCUCAAGUGUGAUGUCUGUGGCAUGGUCUGCAUUGGACCCAACGUGCUCAUGGUGCACAAGCGUAGCCAUACUGGUGAGAGGCCCUUCCACUGCAACCAGUGUGGUGCCUCCUUCACCCAGAAAGGGAACCUGCUACGCCACAUCAAGCUGCACUCUGGGGAGAAGCCCUUCAAAUGCCCCUUCUGCAACUAUGCCUGCCGCCGGCGUGAUGCCCUCACUGGCCACCUCCGCACGCACUCAGUCUCCUCCCCAACAGUGGGCAAGCCCUACAAAUGUAACUACUGUGGCCGAAGCUACAAACAGCAGAGUACCCUGGAGGAGCACAAGGAGCGGUGCCACAACUACCUGCAGAGUCUCAGCACUGAAUCCCAAGCUCUGGCUGGCCAACCAGGUGAUGAGAUACGUGACCUGGAGAUGGUGCCAGACUCCAUGCUGCACUCAACCUCCGAGCGGCCAACUUUCAUUGAUCGUCUGGCCAACAGCCUCACCAAACGCAAGCGUUCCACCCCCCAGAAGUUUGUAGGCGAAAAGCAGAUGCGCUUCAGCCUCUCGGAGCUGCCCUACGACGUGAACUCGGGUGGCUACGAGAAGGAUGUGGAGCUGGUGGCACACCAUGGCCUGGAACCUGGCUAUGGAGGGUCUCUGGCCUUCGUGGGAGCAGAGCACCUGCGUCCCCUUCGCCUUCCACCUACCAGUUGCAUUUCAGAACUCACGCCCGUCAUCAGCUCUGUCUACACCCAGAUGCAGCCCCUCCCCGGUCGACUGGAGCUCCCAGGGUCCCGAGAAGCAGGUGAGGGACCUGAGGACCUGGCUGAUGGAGGCCCCCUGCUUUACCACACUCGGGGUCCCCUGACUGACCCUGGGGCAUCUCCCAGCAACGGCUGCCAGGACUCCACAGAUACAGAGAGCAACCAUGAAGAUCGGGUGGCUGGGGUGGUAUCCCUCCCUCAGGGUCCUCCACCCCAGCCACCUCCCACCGUUAUGGUGGGCCGGCCUAGUCCUGCUUACGCCAAAGAGGACCCCAAGCCACAGGAGGGGUUACCACGGGGCACCCCAGGCCCCUCCAAGGAAGUGCUUCGGGUGGUGGGCGAGAGCGGCGAGCCCGUGAAGGCCUUCAAGUGUGAGCACUGCCGCAUCCUCUUCCUGGACCAUGUCAUGUUCACUAUCCACAUGGGCUGCCACGGCUUCAGAGACCCUUUUGAGUGCAACAUCUGUGGUUACCACAGCCAGGACCGGUACGAGUUCUCUUCUCAUAUUGUCCGGGGGGAGCAUAAGGUGGGCUAGUGACCUCCACCCCUUCCCUCAGUCCACCACUCCACUCCCCCUACCUACAGGUGUUUAGCCCUGUCCCCACCACAUCCCAAGGGGUUUUGCUUUUAGCCCUCACCACUGGCUACCUGACUUCACAUCUGACCCUGACCCUUCCUCACCUCUUCUGCUCUACCCUGACUUAUUUAAGCACGUGAUGAGACAGGCCUUUUGUUUAUGUUUCCCCUUUUUCUCUUCUCUUAUCUUAGCACACUCAUGGAGUUAUUUAUUAAGAUAAUUAGUUGGUUUUUAUUUUCCUCUUUUUCUUUUUUAACGUGAUCAAUCACUUGCCAUUCUCCCACCCUCCCACCCCCAGCGCCCUUCCACUUAGGCCAAAAUUUUCUCUUUGAACCAGCUUCCUCCAACAGCCCUAGGGGUAGGAAGCUCCUCUUAGUAUUAAGAGACCUUGAGCUUCUUCUUGCUUUAAGUGCUCACCUUUUACAUGACCUGACUCUUCAUUUUUGAUGUGGAUACCUCCCUCUGGCCCUACCUUAGCUCUGUGGCAUUAUAUCUCCUCUCUGGGACCCUUCACCCUGGUACUCCAUACCUCUUGUGCCCUCUCACCUUGGCAGCUUGCACUAUUCCUGAACAAAUAAAGAAUUUCUUCAUUUGGAAGUAGGAGGGGCUUAAGAAAUUCUACCCAAGCACCAUGGGACUGAGGGUCCUCUGAUAUUCCCCUAAUAAUAUGAAUUCCCAAAGCCCACAUUCAGGACCUCCCUCUAGGAUGUGGUAUCUCUCUUCUCUCUCCUGGAACACCCCUCAACACUGCUCUAGUCUCCUCAACCUGCCAGCCUACUCAGUGGUGGUUUUUCUCUCCUUGGAAUGCCCCAAUUUUAUAUUCUCAGGGGCCAAGGCUAGGUCUGCAACCCUCUGUCUCUGACACAUUGGGAACCACAGGUGCCUAUCUGGGAGCCAGGGCAUGGGAAGAGGGCGGGCCAAGAGUUUUUUUUCUCCUCCACCUCUCAAACCUCUUCACUCCAGUGACCUUCCUAGACUCUCAGGGGCUCCUUUAGGCCCCAUUCUGUAGAACUAGCAGGUUGCUGCCUGAUGACAAAGGGGUAUCUCAACCCCUCAGUCAUGCUGCCGCCUUCCUUCCUCCUCCCCAGCAGGAUUCACCCUCUCAUUCUCCAGAUCCUGGGCCCUGUUCUUAGGGUCAGUGGCAGGAAUAAAAGAGUGUUAUCUCUUCUCUCUUCUAAUUUUCAGUGUAACCAAAAAUGAUCCCCCAAUGAGCAAGGGCACAUGCCUCUUACCCCAUUCUACCCUUGUCCCAGCAAGAAUGGGAUGGGCACAACUGGACUGGGGUCAUCCUUUACUGCCUCCUUCUACACUCAGUCCCCAGACAUGGGACAAGAGGAAGCCAUUUCCUCCUGGCUACUGCAGAGACCCCUAGCUAUUCGGGUACCCCAAUAUUAGUGAAAAGGGGGCAGCAGGAGAUACAACUCCACACUGGAAGUGGAGGUGUCUUUCGACGAGAGUUCCCUGCCCAAGGCCACUCUCUGCUUCCUUGAGAUUCAAACCAAAGGCUGUUUUUCUAUGUUUAAAGAAAAAAAGAAAAAAAAAAAAGUAAAAACCAAACAUAACACCUCACAAGUUCCAACACUUGGUCCUUCUCUCUGUCCUCUUCUCUUCCCUUCUAUCUUUCCUUCUACAUGUCUUUUCCUUAUUGGCUCUUUUGCCUCCUACUUUUCUCACUCCCUAUCAGGGAUUUUUUUGGGGGAUGGUAAAGGGUUGGCUAAAAACAGACCCUGGGAUUGAGGCUCUUAAGGGCUCUGGGAAGAGUCUGCCUUACCCUUUCAUGGGAUUGGAGACCCUAAAAAAUUUUCUCCUCUUCCUCCUUUUUCUCCCCCAUUACACGGUCUCCCCUAGAAAGAACAAGAUUGGCAGGAAGGGGCAUUGUGGGGUGACCAUUCCCCCUUGACAACAUAGCAAUAAACAGAUGCUGCCAAGGGCAAGAGGAUGGGGGAGUUAGCUCAGAGGACAGCGGUCUCUAGAGAAGAGGAGUCCUCUCAUCAGCACCCGAAGCUACUGGCUCCUGUUUCAGGGUGCCAGCUGAACUGAGGUUAACAUCUGGGGCUCUCCUGAACUGUUCUGGUUAUUGAGCCCCUUCCUGACAGGCCUACCCUCUACCACCUCUUCUGUGUCUGCUGUGUAUUUGGUGGCACCUCAUUAUGACUAGUCCCUUCUGGGGUAUCAGAGCCUUAGAGUGUUCCUAGCCCCUCCCCCAGUUAGCAGCUUUGGCACCAAGAACUGCCUGGAACAUGAAGGACUAUGCCCUGAGGCUGUACCUGUGCCCGGGAGAGCAGAGACUGGAAGGGCAAGACCAGGUGCUAAGGAGGGGAGAGAGGGGCACUCUUGUCUCUCUCCAGACCAUCACUGCACUUUAACCAGGGUCUUAGGUACAAAAUUCUAUUUCCCAGAGCCUUAAAGCAAGAGGACAAAAAACACACACCACAUAACAUACAGGAACAAUCACCAAAAAGAGAAAAAAAAAAAAAAAAAAAAAAAAAAACCUGAAACCCAUAUGGAGAAAAGAGGUGUUUUCCUUUUAUAUUGAUAUUCAAAAUCAACACCACAAAAAAAACAUUUCUAAAUAGACACUUUUCCAGAUCUUUGUUUUUUCGUGUCCGUGUCCAAGCUGCGGAUGGGAUUUUGUAACUUCUGGCAGCUUCUUUCCUGUGUAUAUAAUAUAUAUAUAUAUAUAUAUAUAUAUAUAUAUAUUUUUAAUCAGAAGUUAUGAAGAACAAAAAUAAAAAAAUAAAGAGAACACAGAAGCAAGUGCAAUACCACCUCUCUUCUCCUUCUCCCAGGGUUUCCUCUGUAGCCUAUGCUUGGUGUCUCCUUUGAUCUUCAUCCCUUCGCCUCCUCUUCUCUUCCUCUGGUUCCCCUUCCCUUUUUUUUAAAGAGUUUUUCUCCUUUCUCUAGGGGAGUUAAACUAGCUUUUGAGACUUAUCGCAAAGCAUUUUGUAUAUGUAAUAUAUUGUAAGUAAAUAUUUGUGUAACGGAGAUAUACUACUGUAAGUUUUGUACUGUACUGGCUGAAGGUCUGUUAAAAAUAAACAUGAGUAAUUUAACACC